CGCAGAGCAGGAGAUCUGUCCUCCUUAAAUGGGUAUUCCCUUAGUUGCUCCCGUCCGUUUGGACUCUUUCUGCCUUUGGCCGCCUCUCAUCUCUCGCCUUUUCUCUCACUUUUCUGCAUUGAAAUUCACAAUCUUUUCUCAAAGCAGCCAAAACCCAAUUUGUCCUUUGUUUUCCGUUUUGCCUUUCUCUUUUUUUCUUCUGUUUUGCAACUCAAAGUUAAAAAGAUUUUGAUUUUUGACCCGUUUUUGCAUGGCUGAAUUUGAAGAUAUUGGAGCUGAUAUUAGCUCGGACAUUGAAGUUGAUGACUUAAGGUGUGACAAUAUAGCGGAGAAAGAUGUCAGUGAUGAAGAGAUUGAAGCUGAUGAAUUGGAGAGACGAAUGUGGAAAGAUCGUAUCAAACUCAAAAGGAUUAAGGAAAGACAGAAGAUUGCAGCCCAACAGGCUGCAGAAAAGCAAAAGCCCAAGCAGGCCAUUGAUCAGGCACGGAGGAAGAAAAUGUCCAGAGCUCAAGAUGGGAUUCUUAAGUAUAUGUUGAAGCUAAUGGAAGUCUGCAAAGCACGUGGAUUUGUCUAUGGCAUCAUUCCAGAGAAGGGUAAGCCUGUAAGUGGUGCAUCAGAUAAUAUAAGAGCUUGGUGGAAAGAAAAGGUGAAGUUUGAUAAGAAUGGGCCAGCAGCCAUAGCCAAGUAUGAGGCAGAGUGUUUAGCUAUGAGUGAGUCAGAUAGCAAUAGAAAUGGAAACCCAAAAAGCAGUCUCCAAGACCUGCAAGAUGCUACUCUUGGAUCCCUCUUGUCUUCUUUGAUGCAGCACUGUGAUCCCCCUCAGAGAAAGUAUCCACUUGAAAAGAGAAUUCCUCCACCUUGGUGGCCAACUGGGAAUGAAGAGUGGUGGGUAAAACUAGGGUUACAACAGGGUCAAAGUCCUCCUUAUAAGAAGCCACAUGAUCUGAAAAAGAUAUGGAAAGUUGGAGUGUUAAGAGCUGUGAUAAAGCACAUGUCACCUGAUAUUGCAAAGAUUCGGAGGCAUGUACGCCAGUCAAAAUGUUUACAAGAUAAGAUGACAGCAAAGGAGAGUGCAAUUUGGUUGGCAGUUUUGGGCCGAGAGGAAGCUCUGAUUCAGCAACCUAGCAGUGAUAAUGGAACAUCCAGCAUAACUGAAAUACCCCGACGUGGUCGUGGUGAUAAAAAGAAACCUUUUGCCGGUAGUGACAGUGAUUAUGAUGUUGAUGGUGUUGAUGAUGGAGCAGGUUCAGUUUCUUCCAAAGAUGACAGGAGUAAUCACCCAACAGAUGUGGAGCCUGUGGUUUAUAUCAGCAAUGAUGAUUCCCAUCCAGUGCAAGAGAAUCUGCCAGUGGAAAAACAACCUAGGCUGAAAAGACCUCGUUUAAUACCAAGCCAUGGUGAUCAACAACCUGGACCAUCUCAUGAUGAACAUGUGAAUGACAAGUCAAGAAGCACCCUGCUUGACAUCAACCAAACUGAUGUAUCAUUUCUGGAACAUCAGAUGCCUAGCACUCGGCAGGAAAAUGAUGCAAGCAAAGUGUUGAGGAAUGUGGAGAACGGUUUAGAUGUUCAAUCACAUCCACCUGCAACUGAAUACUGCCAUUAUCCUGCCAUUCCUUGUGCUAGUGAAAUUUCCACUCAGAGCAUGUAUGUAGAUGGACGGCCAAUGCUCUAUCCGAUAGUGCAACAUGCUGAGCUGCACCAUGGUGCUGCAUAUGAAUUUUACAAUCUAUCGGUUGAAUUUGGGCCUGGUCGUGAUGGCCAGCAAACUCAGAUGGAGAUGAAUGUACCGCAGUUGAGGCCAGAAAAUGGGGUUGAUGUAUCAGCUCCAGGUAGGAGUGAACAUGAAAUUGCUGGGGGAGUAUUGCACCAUUAUGUGAAAGACCUAUUCCAUAAUGAGCAAGAUAGAGCUGUUCAUAAUCCCUUUGGUUCUCCGACAAGUGAUCCGUCAUUUUAUGGUGGAUGUCACAGCCCCUUUGAGCUUCCAUUUGAUGGUACAAGUGCACUAGAGGAACUACUUGAUGAUGACUUGAUAGAGUACUUUGGAGCUUAGCUUGGAAAAUUUGAGAUGUCAGAGAAUAGAUUUGUAAGUAAACUUUUUCUCUUCAACCCCCUGUUUCAUCUAUGAAUGAUUCAUAAUUUGGUCUCGGGCAAUUUAUUUGAUGUUGAUUUUGCAAUAACUGUGAAAUUAUGCAUCAUUACUUACCUGGAUGGAGGAAUUUCUGUUAUCCGUUGUCUUAGUCUUUCUAGUACAGGUGUUAUCAUUUGAACAUGCAAAGACUGUAAGUCAAGUCAAAUUUUCUAAUUUAGUUUUGUUCAUCUUGUUUCAAAGAAGACAAACAAAAACAUGAUUUUUUGUGUCAUAUUCCCGGGGAUCCCUGAAUGGUAAUUGCCAUGAAGGGCUUCAUGUAACUGUUUCAAUUUUAGAAACCAUUCACGUGACAAACUUGUGACAUUUUCCUUGCUUCCUUUGGACAAAAUAACUCAUUAGUUAAUAUAUUUCUUUCCUUGUAAAUGAAUUUCCAUCUGUAUAUAUUUAUUAUUACACAACCUAUGAUUUCUCAUCACCUCCAACACUACUCCCCUUACUAAUGACAUCAGCUGCAGCUUUUGAUUAUUUGUGUUAUCUUCAAUGUUUUUGCAUUUGUAUAGGGCUAGUUUAUUGCAGAAUAGAUGCUUUUUGAGCUUUGGAUUAUUGUGUAGGACAUAGCUAAAUUAGAUUAGAGCCUUUUCUUAGGGUUACUUCUUAAAGAAUCCAAUUUUUGCUUGUAAAUAUGGAUUACUUUAUUCAAGUUCUUAUACAAUAUUUUGCUUCCCUGGGUUGCUUAAGGCCUCGAAACCAUAAUUCCUUCCUAAAUGCUUCCUGAUCAGUGCACCCAAAGUAAACCACACCCAUGUAAAAGGUAGGGAAAAAAAACGAUCAGGUGAGGGUGGGGUGGGGA